GAGCAUUCAUGCUGUUAGUGGCACAUAUUUCCUAAUUUUGUGGCUCACCCACGAUCUUGGAAUCUUGGACUUAGCUAUUUAUUUUUGUUUGGCCAAUCGGAUGGACUACAUUUUGUUAAACUGGUAUCGCUGGCAAUUUGAUAAUGAGGAAGAAUUCGAAACGACCUUACAUCUCAUGAAUUACAAACAGAACUUCUCAGCUGCUGGAUGUUGUCAUGUGAAUUUACCACUUCUUCGAUCUAUCACAGGAUUACUAACUACAUAUUUGGUCAUUUUGCUUCAACUUCCUAAUUAAAAGUCUUAGAAUACUAAUUUUAUUUGCUGGAC